AUGUCUCCUCAAGCCAACGGAGAAACUAAGCCAUCUGCCUCGGAAUUCUUGGCCCCAACUAAGCAGAUUUUGGAUGCCACAAAAGCUCUUGAGGUUCUCAAGGAAUAUGAAUCUCGCGAUGGUCUCAGCAUUGAUGAUUUGAUCGAUUCCAAGAAACACGGAGGUUUGACUUACAAUGAUUUCUUGGUUCUUCCAGGUUACAUUGGAUUUGCUGCCUCGGAAGUUGUUCUUGAAUCCCCGGUCACCAAGCGCGUUACCCUCAAGACCCCUUUCGUUUCUUCUCCCAUGGACACUGUCACCGAACAUGAUAUGGCCAUCCACAUGGCUUUGCAGGGUGGUCUAGGUGUUAUUCACCACAACUGCUCUGCUGAAGAGCAAGCUGAGAUGGUUCAAAAAGUCAAGAGAUAUGAAAACGGCUUCAUCCUUGACCCAGUCGUACUCAGCCCACAGGCAACUGUUGCUGAAGUUAAGGCUUUGAAGGAGAAGUGGGGUUUUGGAGGAUACCCAGUUACAGAAAACGGAAAAUUGGGCUCCAAACUCGUCGGUAUCGUUACCAAUAGAGAUAUUCAAUUCGAGGAUGACGAUAGCGCAUCCGUUUCAAGUGUUAUGGUUACAGAUUUGGUCACCGCUUCGUAUGGCACCGAAUUGGUCGAGGCCAACACCAUCCUCGCGAAAUCUAAGAAAGGAAAGCUUCCAAUUGUUGACAGUAACGGAAACCUCGUCUCUAUGAUUUCCCGAUCCGAUUUGAACAAGAACAUCCAUUACCCAUUGGCUUCCAAACUUCCAGAUUCCAAGCAAUUGAUUUGCGCUGCUGCAAUUGGUACAAGACCCGAAGAUAAAAUUCGUCUUCAAAAGUUGGUCGAUGCUCAAUUAGACAUUGUCAUCCUCGACAGCAGUCAAGGUAACAGCAUGUAUCAAGUUGAGAUGGUCAAGUAUAUCAAGGAGAAAUACCCUGAUCUUGACGUCAUUGGAGGUAAUGUAGUCACUCGUGAGCAAGCUGCGACAUUGAUUGCCGCUGGUGUUGAUGGUUUGAGAAUUGGAAUGGGUAGCGGAAGUGCUUGUAUCACUCAAGAAGUUAUGGCUGUUGGUAGACCACAAGCUGCUGCUGUCUACAACGUCAGCUCAUUCGCUGCUCGCUUUGGUGUUCCGUGUAUGGCCGAUGGUGGUAUCCAAAAUGUUGGUCACAUUGUCAAGGGUCUUGCUCUUGGUGCCACCACUAUUAUGAUGGGUGGUCUAUUGGCCGGUACUACUGAAUCUCCAGGUACUUCAUUCGUCAGUCGUGAGGGUAAGCUCGUCAAGGCAUACCGUGGCAUGGGUUCCAUCGAUGCUAUGCAAGACAAGAAGGCUGGUUCUGGUGCUAAGGACAGCCAAAAGAGUAACGCUGGAACUGCUAGAUAUUUCUCUGAGGGUGAUAGUGUUCUCGUCGCUCAGGGUGUAUCUGGUGCCGUCGCACACAGAGGUUCCGUCACCAAGUUUGUUCCAUACCUCGCUGCAGGAUUGAAGCACUCCCUCCAAGACUGUGGACAAGUGAGUCUUCAAGCUCUUCAUGAGGCUGUGGAAAACGGUUCUACACGUUUCGAAUUAAGAACCGCCAGUGCUCAACUCGAGGGUGGUGUAAACAUGGAGAGUUACGAGAAGAAGCUUUACGCAUGA